AAAAAUUCACUUUCCGAUAUCACAAACAAUCUGUCACUAACUGCUCGGUUGCUGAAGUUUUUAUUCUUGCUUCGAUCUAAUUCCCUGUCGUCGGCAGUCGGUUCGAGACCAUCGAUUCAGUGGCUGGGUUUGGAGUUCCGGACGACAAUCCAGAAAAGGUCGGUACAAUCUGGUUUAAUGACAUUUGGCAAAUGGUCUGCGUCGCGAAAGUGAUGACCGUUUUGUGGUGACGGAUUCUAUCCCAGAAAAUGGAUUACCAGCAAGUUAGUGUUCUAGUGAAAAAGCUAUGUGUGUGUGAAUAAUUCUGUCUCUAGUUUUUCGUCCCUGUUUCCUCCCAACAAUCGGUUCCCGCAGCGCUGUGGAUUGUGUGUUCAAAGUAGUUGCGAUCUCUCGUAAAAGGUGCGAGGAAAAAGAAAUCAGAAAUACCAAUCAAUAACGGUGUGGAGUGAAAAAAGUUGCAAAUUUGAGCUGCUUCACUUGAGGCACAAAGUGGAAUGCAGCAGCCUUACUUUCUUAGGCAAGACGACAAAAAAGUAGGAUAGUCUGCCCCGAGGGAGGGCCGCUGCUGCUGGGAGGAAGUGAAAGAACUUCGGUUGCAGUAUGUCCAGCACCGGAACACGUAACGGAGUGAAGGAGGCCAACGCCAGUGGGCCCCGGGUGGUCACUAUCCACAAAACCGAAACGGGCUUCGGAUUCAACGUCCGCGGCCAGGUUAGUGAGGGUGGUCAGUUGCGGUCAAUCAACGGAGAACUGUAUGCCCCACUGCAGCAUGUAAGCGCCGUGCUGGACAACGGAGCUGCCGAACUGGCCGGUAUCAAAAAGGGCGACCGGAUUCUGGAAGUAAAUCAUGUUAAUGUCGAAGGUGCUACACACAAACAGGUGGUUGAUCUCAUCAAGUCCGGCGGAGAUACACUCACGCUUACAGUUAUCUCUGUAACGCAACAGGAAGCUGAACGACUGGAACCAACGGAGGAUCCCGGUGGAUAUUCGUACAUUGACUACUCGGAAAAGCGCAGUCUCCCGAUCAGCAUUCCCGACUACAACAUUAUCCAUCGGGGAAAUGAGCGUUACGUCGUGUUCAACAUCCACAUGGCGGGCCGACAGCUGUGCUCUCGGCGGUACCGCGAAUUUUCCAUCCUGCAUCAAUUCCUGAAGAAGGAAUUUACUGGCUUUAAUUUUCCCAAACUGCCCGGCAAGUGGCCUUUUCAGUUGAGCGAGCAGCAGCUGGACGCUCGCCGGCGGGGUCUCGAACAGUACCUGGAGAAGGUGUGCGCCGUGCGGGUCAUUGCCGAGCACGAUGCGGUGCAGGAAUUUCUCACGGACUCCGAGGAUGACGUCGCGGCUUCACCGGUCGACAUCAAGAUCAUGCUGUCCGAUCACAGUGUCGUGACGGUUUCGGUCCGCAAGUCGGCCAACGCUCAGCUUGUUUGGGAACAGUUAGUACAACGAGCGAGUUUGACCUCCUACACACAGCAAUAUUUUUACCUGUUUGAAAUUGUUGAAUAUAACUUUGAACGGAAGCUGCAGCCGCACGAGAUUCCCCAUCAGCUGUACGUGCAGAACUACAGCACCGCGUCCAGUACGUGUUUGUGUGUGCGACGAUGGCUUUUCUCAAUCGACCGGGAGAUGACGCUACCCACGGGGGAGCAAGCUGCCAAGUACAUUUUCUAUCAGGCCGUUGACGAGGUAAACCGGGGCAAUAUCCGCGCCGAUGGACGACUGUACGAGCUGAAGGCUCUGCAGGAUUCGAAGAAGGCGGACGAGUAUCUCUCGCUGGCGAGAACACUGCCCGGCUACGGUGACAUCGUGUUUCCGCACUGCGCCUGCGAUAGCCGCAAGGAGGGCCAUGUGGUGCCGGCUGUCGGUAUGAAAAGCUUCCGACUGCACGCAUGUCGCGAAGACGGCGCCCUGGAGGCACAAACCGUCGAACUGCAAUGGGCAACCAUUUCGCGCUGGGAGAGCGACGAGGAAUCGAUGGCGUUCUGCUUCCAGUACAGUAGAUCUGACAAGCCACCGCGGUGGGUGAAGGUAUUCACCCCGUAUCAUGCAUUUUUGGCUGAUUGCUUUGAUAGAAUAAUGGAAGAACGUUCCUGGGACGACACUGGAGAGUAAUCUGCUCGAUCUGAACCUGCUUCUGCCUCGCUUGUGGAUGGCGGUGGUGGAGUGCAGGUAGGAUAGCUACUAGAAAAAUUUAAUCUCCUAACAUAAUUCAUUCGCAACACGAGCAAAAUGAGUUCGUUAGAUGCGAAAAUAUUAAGCAGUAUUCGUUAGGCUGAACGCGAAGAACUUCAAAACUUUUUUUUCUUUCUUUUGGACGUAGCAUACUUGUUUGUAGCAAAGUCACGGAAUAGCGCAUUUUUGUUCCAGCCGAUACAACACUUCGUUAGUAGUAUUACGCAUAUUUACAGCAAAUUUUGUUAAGAAUCUUUUUGCCAAUGGAUAUGAGACGUUUGAGUGGCCCGAAACCAGACAAGUUGAAAAAUGAACGCUCUCUUUUGUGCACUCAAAGUAUUUUUUGAGACUUCUCGAAACGGAAGGUUUUGUAGCCAUCUGCUUUUUUUUUAAAUUAAAUCAACACUAAUAAUAUCCACCAUAAGCUGAGAAAAUAAACAAAAUGGAAUAUUUAAUGACCGAUUCAAUAGGAAAGAAGUGAUUUUAUGAGUACUUUGUUGUCAGAUAUUGAUCAAGCAAAAAUCAGCAUUUAUCGAAGAACAAAUUCUAGCUUUUUUCAACCCUACCUUUGCGAAGCCUGUCAUAAUCCUAUGGCACCAUUCAUAUCUUGAACACUGAAUAAAUGUAAAGUCAAGUUAUUACUCAUAACUCACUCGAUAAGUAACAAACACACUCUGAUUAGUUAUUCAAGAAAAAUAUGUUGAGAAAAAAUAGUAUAUUUGCGUCCUGAGGAAGAAAGUAUAUAUGUGAUUUAAUUAAUCAAACAAAAAAUGUAUCCGCUUAACAAUAUUUUAAUUAUGAUUCAUGUGAUUAUUAGCUCACGUAAGAUAAACGUAGACUUAAGUUUCCCCUGCCUGAGUAAACUCUUUCCGUUCAGUUAUGUAUGGUACUUACUUACUCGGAUCGUUUGGAGAUGGCUUUUACAAUGCAUUUACCGGCGGUCAUCAAUGAUUAUUUGCUGGGUUUUAUGUUGCAAUAAUUUUGAUCAUAGCCUGAAAAAAACAUAAGACAAGAGGUUCAUUUUCAAGUAAAACAAGCACGUCCCCUCCUAUGCCACUAAUUUUUUGAUGUUUGGUAAAGAAUGGUUCAUUAAUUUUAUUUAGUUUACAUCUUAAAGGUACUUUCUAGUGGAAAGGGACGAUUAGUUCAAACUUUUUCGUUUAAAAAGCUUGUAUUAUUACAUUCCAUCGCGGGUGGAAAAUUCUCUAGAUCUUAGUAUAAUUCUGCCUCGCCAAUACGCCUGGCGUACAAGUUGCAACUGCAAGUUGUAAAAUUUUUGGUAGACACUGUUAUGCGUAAAAAAACACAGAAUCUGAUUUCUAUCUUGAUUAAACCUGUCUUAUAUAUGUGUUUCUGACAACAACACAGGUUAGGGUUACGAAAGGGUAGUUUUCGAUGUUAUAGUGUCUAAAUCAAGAGAAUGUUCCGAAGUAAAUAAAAAACUUGAAGAUCCCGAUUUCAUUUGAUAGAAGAUAAAACUAGUCUACCAGACACGUGUCCCGUUUCGUCACUUCCGAACCGAUUGGUGUAAAUUUUAUUGGUCAACAGCCAGAAUCGUGAGAUCUGUGCAGCAUAAACAUUGUUUUGUAAAUAUUCGUCCUUAAACACACUAACAUUUAUCUGCAUCGGAAAGAUGUUAAGCCUAUACACCUAAGGAACGGAUUUCAAUUAAAGCGAAAGAACACCCUGUUAUCAUCUAUUAUUAUAUCAAACCACUUCACAAAUCUAGAGCAACAAUCUUGCUACAACAAAUUGAUAUACUGCAAAGUGUUAGUGGAAUAUCCAGAAGAUCUAUAAAAAUUAGAAUAAAGUUUAUGCAUCCGGUUGAUAUCAAUACAGAGUAGUUUACUUAUAGAAGCCUCGAACAACAACAAAAUGGACAACCAAACGCAUAUAUGAAAAAGCAAAGGAAAAAAAUAACAACUGUGAAGCAGAAUAAACAGUUUACCAACAGCAGUUGAAUCUCAAUCGAAGUAAAAUUGGUAGAAACAAACGUUAGAAAUAGAGUCACUCACACACUUACGUAUUCAAUAAUGCUGUUACACCACCCAUGUAUGAUUUUGUAGGCAUUGGCAAUAACUAUGAACGAAGGAAGAAAUAUCACUACUACGUUUAAUAAUGAACCGAUCGACUGCAGUUGAGAAACAA